AUGGAUCACGGCCGGACAAAGGAACUCUCUAAGACACCCACAAACGUUAGCAACAUCGGCACGUUGGCAUCAAGGACAUUGUCCCUGGUCCCUACCAGGGUCCGCACAUGGGGCUACAUCAAUGACUUUGGUGCAUUUCACACCUACUAUACCGAAACACUGGGACAUCCGUCAUCUGGCAUCUCCUGGAUAAGAAGUAUUCCAAUUUUCUUGCUCUUUUUCAUCGGGACUUUCUCUGGCCAGGCAACCUAUGCCGGAUACUCUAAGGCUACUUUGAUCCUGGGACGGUGCUGGAGCGUCGGACAGGGAAUUGGAUGUAGGCUCAUGUUUUGCCCAACUAUAGUCCUCAUACCCACAUAUUUUGCCAAAAAGCGCUCAAUUGCCAUGGGAAUCGUAGCAUCUAGAUCAGAGACGGGGGGCUUGGUCUUCCCCGCUCUCGGUAUACGUACACUAAUUCCCUACGGCCUACUUGUUAAAUACUUUUUUUAUAUUAGCAGCUUUGCCCGCGAUAUUAUAGAUAUUAUUCAGGUAAUCUUAAUUAAUAUACUUUUGGUCAUAAAUAGUAUUGGGCUGCUAGAUCAGCUGAUUCUGAACCUUAUAACUAACUAUCUAAGAGAUAUAUAUAUCUUUAGCAUCUUUUUUAGCCUUGCUGCAGCUGGGAUUCAGUCUCUUUUCCCGAUAAUCUUAAGUACUCUCACAAGAGACCUGAGAAAAGCCAGUAUAAGAAUAGAUAUAGUAUUCAGCGUUGUGACUGUCACUGUUCUUAUAGGCUCUCCAAUUACAGGAUCAUUGGUCCAAUUAGGUAAUGGACAGUGUUUGUGUGCUCAGAUGUUCAUGGGCAGCGCUAUGAUUGCCAGCACCCCGAUACCUUUCGUUGUAUCCAAUCGUCGCACCUUGUUUUUUCGGACCACCCACACUAUGGCGCCUCGAGGUCGUGGAAAGUUCUCCAAGCCUUCGCGUGGAGGUGGAAAACACUAUAGUCGUGACGUUCAACCGAUCGAUAAGCACGGUAACCCCGUUGGUCUAUGGAGAGAACCGGACGAGGAUGCCGCAUCUUCAUCGCAGGAGGAGGAAGUGUCCGGAUCAGGAGAGGAAUCUCCAGAAGAAGACGACGCUAGUGCCGGACCUAGUUCCUCAGCAGCCCCAGAGAUGACACGUGAGGAGCGCCGUGCAGCGGCAAAAGCCAAGAAGCAAGCCGCUAUAGCAAAACGGAAUCAAGUUCAGCCUGGCGAUCUACCGCCGUCCGACUCGGAACCGGAUAAUGUCAAGGAAAGCGAAGAAGACGAAGAGUUGCCAGCCAACCCGAACCACACAGCCAAGUCGCGCUCGCAAUUAAAGGACGCAAGCCCCAAUGACGACAUGUCGCAGUUAUCUAGGAGAGAGCGUGAAGCCAUUGAAGCGCAGCAGGAACGUGAACGCUAUCUGAAGCUGCAUGCGGAAGGUAAGACGGAGGAGGCUCGUGCGGAUUUGGCACGUCUGGCUAUUAUUCGGGAAAGGAGAGAGGAAGAAAGGUUACGCAAGGAAGCCGAAAAGGAAGAGAAGGCAGAGCUAGCCAAGCAGCGGGCUGCGGAGAUAGAGGCAAAGCUGAAUGCAAAGAAGAAGGGGGGUCCUAAGAAGAAAUAA